AUGAUGAAAAAAAUCAAGGAACUUGUGCUGGAAGAUGUGGAUGACAGAAGCAAUCAGAACAACAAUAAUGGAAGUAUUAAUCAUACAAAUAAUGAGCACCAAACAAAUAAGAUGAAGCCAGUAAAUCCAGAUUUAUUGGAUGAGAAUCAGCAUUAUCAUGAAACCAUUCAAGCUGAUAAACAUGUGGCAGAUUUUCCAGAAGAAAAUACUCAAAAUCAGGAAGAAGUUGCAAGUAGCUGCAACAUAGUCAAUGAAUGGAGAAAACAAGAAAUCAUGAGGAUAAUGGACAUGAAUUUCCCUGAAUUCAAGCUGAAAUCUGAUGAAUUCUUUCAAAACAUUGCAGAGUGGGCUGAUCCACAAUGCUAUGAAGGCAUCAAGGAAACACAAAGAUUGAAUCGAAUACUGUCAGAGAAAAUUGAGAAAGAAAAAGAGGUGAAACGUCAAGGAAUGUUACUCCGACAAAAACUCUAUGAGGAACUUCAAGCAAUAAAACAACAAGGAAGACAAGAACAACAGGAGGAGAGAGCCAAUACACAGAAAUUCUUGGCCCUCACUUUCUUGCCUGAAAAAAAGAAGUUUAUUGAUGAAAAUCCAGAGUCUGACACAGAACUAAAGCCCGAUUUAACAAGUUCGGUUUUCCAAACUGAACUCAAGGAAUCUGAUAUAAUUCCCAAAUCAAAUGAAAAUAACUCAGUUCCAGAAUUAGAUUUAAUCAGUUCUGAAACAAUUGAUCAUGCUAUACAAAGAAACACCUUGCCAGAGAUGUUAGAUGAAAAUGGGUCCUGUCAACUUGAAUCCAAACAUAAAGUAAAGAAGAACUUCCUGAAAAGAAACAUUCAGGUACUGUAA